UUCGGUGAUAAGAAGCUGCCAGUGGUUGUGUGUCCUUCUCUUUAUUUUAUCUUUUACCAGCAGUUGUAUUUGCAUUUGGCUUUGAUUUCAUCCUGUUUUGUGCUGAGGCUUGAAGCAUGGUUCCAGACAUAGAGAGAAUUAUUGAGAGCAUCGUCCGCAGAGACCAGGACAGCGUGCAGCUUCUGCUCAACAGCUACAACACACAGUAUGCAGAGUGCUUCUUUUUCAACACUGAGGCACAGGAGAGGCAAAAGCAGCAACAACUGGAAGAGUUCAGGAAGAAAAAAUUCAGGGACUGUGCUCCUGCUUCCGACUCUGACAUUGACUCAGAUGAUGAGAAUGCAGAGCUUCUGCUCCGGCAGGAUCUGUCUGCAGCCCUGUUGUGCUUCAUUGGUAGUCAGCUACAGCCGGCGGUUUUACGGGUUUGCCUGCAUACACUGCGUAUCCUGUCCCGUGACCGUAGGGCCCUGGGGCACAUGGUCACUGAUAGUGCCCUUCUCACAUUAGCACACAUGGGAGGCAUCGCCAUACCACAGACAUGCCUACAGCAAGAAAAUCAGGAAGCUGAAGGUGACGUGGGCAGAUCAUGCAGCACAACCCAUAUUAGAGCUGUGAGUAGUUGUGAGCAGGGUGCAGAAGCCGGCACUGCCCCGUCUGGGUGCUCUGUGGUUUCAUUUUCUGUUCUUGCUGAAGGAGCUGUCUCUCCAGCCACACGUGGUUCAGUGAAUCACUGCUAUCAGCAGAAACAUGAUGGAGCACAUGUGGCGCUCUCCCGUGGCAAAAAAGACACCCAACAAGAUAACAGUGAGGAACAAGAGGAGGAUGGAGAGGUGUGCAGGAAGGAAGCCUUGAAAGUCUUGUGUAAUGUCAUCUACAACAGCCCCCGGGCACAGGAGAGAGCCAGUGCACUAAGGCUAUUGCAAGGUUUGUGGGAGAGUCUGAAGGAGGAGAUCUGGAGUAAAGUGCCACUCAGCUGCCACUUUUACAAGCUGAGGCUACUCUUCUUACUCACAGCCCUGAGACCUGAACUCAGGCUGCAGCUGCAACAGGAGCGGGGAGUGUCAGUGCUGACCAAAGCCUUGGAGCAGUGCCUGGCUGUGAGCUGGGGUGUGGAAUAUGAGGUGCUUACCGACAGUAAACAACCUCCCAUUUCCAUGGAGGUGUCCCAGAAGGUCAUUGAGAUCCUCAAGACACUCUUCAACAUCACUCACAUGUUCCACAGGCAGGAGCCUGAUGAGGAAGAUGCUGCCCUGUAUCGACACCUAGUGGCUGUGCUGCGCCAUUGCCUGCUCCUGUCAUGUGAAGGAGAAGACACAUUAGAAGAACUCCAAGGGCACACGGUGAAUGUCCUGUCAGCAUUGCCACUGACAUGUCUGGAUGUCCUGGUGUCUGUCCAGGUGGACCAAGCAUCCCAUAAGUGCGAGGGGGUCAACAUGGACUGUGUCCACAAAUUGUUGCUCUUUAUGAACAGACGGCUAAACAGGGGCCAAAAGCUGAAGGAGAAACUAACACCUGUACUGAAUCUACUGACUGAGAGUUCUCGGGUACACAGGGAGACGCGUCACUACAUACGGCAAAAGAUCCUACCUCCACUGAGGGAUGUUGCCAUCAGACCUGAGCAGGACAGCUCCCUCAGAGGCCAGCUGGUCCGCCUAAUGACCCACGUUGACACAGAUGUGAAGGAUUGUGCUGCUGAACUGCUGUUUGUGCUCUGCAAAGAAAAUGUCAGCCGAUUUGUCAAAUAUACUGGAUAUGGCAAUGCUGCAGGGCUGUUGGCAGCUCGGGGACUGCUUAAUGGUAGAAUGAGUUCUAGUAACAGCCAGUACUCCAGCGACUCAGACUCAGACACAGAAGAGUACCGAGAGGCCAAAGCCAAGAUUAACCUGGUGACUGGCCGGGUAGAAGCAGACCAGCCUGAUCCAAUGGAGGGCAUGACGGACGAAGAGAAAGAAGAGGAGGCACGUCACCUCAUCAGUAUGAUCAACAGACUGUCACGUGAACAAAUCAUUCAGCCAAUGGGUGUGACAGCAGAGGGCAGACUGGCUCCACUUUGGGGCCAAAUGAGUGACUGCACGCUGGAAGAAGAGGAAGAGGAAGAAUUGAAUCUCAUGCCAGAGGGGGGCAAAGACAGUCAGAUGGAAUAGGAUGAUGUAAACAAAGAGCGAGGCAGAGAUGCUAACACACGUAUAUCCAGUGUUGGGAAGGUUACUUUUGAAAUGUUCUCCACUACAGAUUACAGGAUACAUGCCCCAAAAUGUUGUUUGCAAUGUAUUCUAUUAAGUUACUCAGUGUCAGUAAUGUAUUCUAAGUACUUUGGAUUACAUAAUAUUGUCAUGCUUUUUACAACUACGUAAAUAUACUAUUACUGAAGGCUACUC